CUGUCCCAGGGUAUAUAGAGCCGGAGAGGCUGUCGCAGUUACAUUUUCCACGGGACACAACUCAGAAGAAUCCUACAAAUCUGUGCCAGAAUGAAAAUCGCAGGCAUGAAAACAUCUCAAGGCCACAGCUGCUUUUGGAGACAGACAGGAUGUGGUUGACUAACUUAGUAGCUCUUUGUCUGCUGGCCCUCUUGGCCUCUGCAGAGGAAAAGAAGUUGAGCAGCCAUGCCUCUACACUGGCUGACAACAGUGCCAACCUGGCUUUCAGCCUCUACCACAACAUGGCAAAGGAGAAAGACACAGAGAACAUCCUCAUCUCUCCUCUGGUGGUGGCUUCCUCCCUGGGGAUGGUGGCUCUUGGUGGCAAGGCGGCCACUGCCUCCCAGGUCAAAACUGUCCUGAGUGCAGACAAACUGAAGGAUGAGCAUCUACAUGCAGGCCUCUCUGAGCUUCUCUCUGAGGUGAGUGACUCCAAAACACGCAACACAACCUGGAAGAUCAACAACCGUCUCUAUGGCCCCAGCUCUGUCUCCUUCGCCGAUGACUUUGUGAAGACCAGCAAGAAGCAUUACAACUAUGACCACUCUAAAAUAAACUUCAGGGACAAGAGGAGCGCGGUGAACUCCAUCAAUGAGUGGGCAGCCAAGUCGACAGGGGGCAAGCUGCCCGAGGUCACCAAGGAUGUGCAGAAUGCAGAUGGAGCCAUGAUUGUCAACGCCAUGUUCUUCAAGCCUCACUGGGAUGAGAGGUUCCAUGAAAAUAUGGUGGACAACCGUGGUUUCCUUGUUACCCGCUCAUUUACUAUUAGUGUUCCCAUGAUGCAUCGUACUGGUCUCUAUGACUUCUACGAGGACACAGAAAACCGCAUCUUUGCGCUGAACAUGCCUCUGGGCAAGAAGCAGGCCUCCAUGAUGCUCAUCAUGCCCUACCACCUGGAGCCCCUGGAGCGCUUGGAGAAACUCCUGACCAGGAAUCAGGUGGACACUUGGAUCAGCAAGAUGGAGAACAGGGCCGUGGCCAUCUCCCUCCCCAAAAUCUCUAUGGAAGUCAGUCACAACCUGCAGAAACAUCUGGGUGAAUUGGGCCUGACUGAAGCUGUGGACAAAGCCAAGGCUGACCUGUCUAACAUCUCUGGAAAGAAAGACCUCUACCUUUCCAACGUCUUCCAUGCAUCAGCCCUGGAGCUGAACACUGAGGGAAACCCGUACGACACCAGCAUCUUCGGCACUGAGAAGUUGAGGAACCCCAAACUCUUCUAUGUUGAUCAUCCCUUCAUCUUCCUGGUGAAGGACAACAAGACCAACUCUAUCCUGUACAUUGGCAGAGUCGUUAGACCCAAUGGAGACAAGAUGCGUGAUGAGCUAUAAUGUUAAUUUUAUGAGCUGUGGUGGAUAGCUUUGACAUUUGUGAAAUCAUGGCAGGAAACAGCGUGUGUGGACCUUUUUUUUUUUUUUGAUACCUCAAGAGCACAUUCCAAUAGAAGCCUGUAUACUGAAUAUCUGAGCUAACUGCUUUUAUACACUAAACCUUGGAUUGAAUUACCCCCUUGAAUUGACUAACACCAACAUGUGGCUCACUCAAGAUUUCCAUAAGCAAACAUGCUUAUAUUAAGUAUGGUCUUCUUUUCUUACAUCCUGUUUUGCCAGUAUCGGUUAGCCUUUGAUCCACAUGUGCUUUCAUGCAAUAUCUUUAAUGUUUAAAGAAAACAAAAGAUCUCUGCACAAACUUGUUUUUACAGUUCUGUGUCAUUCCUUCUGUUUUUGGGCUCAGUUUUUCUUCUUUUUUUUUUACCUUGCCCCCCA